AAUCAAAAGCCUCCUUACAAAAUCGAGCGAAAAAUCAAGAUGGUGGAUGUAAACAAAUCCCAACAUGAAGUUUUGUAAAAAUAUUUGAAAUGCUCAAUAACCUAAAUGUUUGAGAGCUAAAAUGACAUUGAAAGAUAAAAAGAAAAAGUCGUUAGUUACCAUGGAGUGGAAGAAGUCUUUGAAGAAAUACGUCGAAAAGAAAAAGAGUAAAGUUGAUGAGGAGCAGGCCAAGGCAGAAGAAAUGCAAAUGUUCACAGAGUUGUAUCAUGAGUGGAAGGGAACAGACAACAAUCACCACCUUAAACUGCCUAGAAUAUAUGAUAAACUUCCUUCAGAAGAAGAACCUUUGCUUCUCAAGUUGAGAGAAGAAUCAAGAGCUGUGUUCUUACAAAGAAGAAGUCGUGAACUCUUAGAUAAUGAUGAGUUACAGCGACUUUGGUUUUUACUGGAUCAGUAUCAUACACCACCACUGGUAGGUGAGGACCAGAUGAUCAACUUUGAGGAUUUUCAAAAAGUUGCUUCAGAAGCUGGACCUAAAUGCCAACAGUUCUUCAAGUCAAGUGUGUUCACUAAGUUACUACAGACCGAUCCAUAUGGUCGAAUAUCCAUCAUGCAGUUCUUCAAUUAUGUGAUGCGUAAAGUUUGGUUACAUCAGACUCGUAUAGGACUCUCAUUGUAUGACGUAGCUGGUCAAGGAUACCUCAAAGAAUCAGAUUUAGAAAACUAUAUUUUAGAACUCAUUCCCACCCUUCCACAGUUAAAUGGAUUAGAGAAGUCAUUUUACUCUUUCUAUGUGUGUACAGCCGUCCGGAAAUUCUUCUUCUUUUUAGACCCAAUGAGGAAAGGAAAAAUCAAAAUACAGGAUAUACUAGCAUGUAGUUUUCUAGAUGACUUGUUGGAACUCAGGGAUGAAGAUCUGUCUAAAGAGAUGCAGGAAUCUAACUGGUUCUCGGCUCCUUCAGCUUUGAGAGUAUAUGGGCAAUAUCUAAAUCUGGAUAAAGAUCAUAAUGGAAUGCUGAGUAAAGAAGAGCUAGCAAGAUAUGGUACUGGUACAUUGACAGAUGUGUUUCUAGAUCGUGUGUUUCAAGAAUGCCUUACAUAUGAAGGCGAAAUGGAUUAUAAAACCUACCUAGACUUUGUAUUAGCACUGGAAAACCGGAAGGAGCCGGAAGCUUUACGUUACUUGUUUCGUAUCCUCGAUGUUCAACAACGUGGCCACCUUAAUGUUUUCUCUCUCAAUUAUUUCUUCAGGGGGGUCAUCAAAAAAUAUGCGGCCGAGAUUCCUGCAAUACAGGAACAGAUGAAGCUACAUGGACAGGAGCCUGUAUCAUUUCAGGAUGUGAAAGAUGAGAUAUUUGAUAUGGUGAAACCUGCCGAUCCAUUAAAAAUUACCCUAGAAGAUUUAGUUAACUGUGGUAAAGGUGAUACGGUGGUUAGUAUUCUAAUAGAUCUGAAUGAUUUCUGGACGUAUGAGAACAGAGAAUAUCUAGUCCCCGAGACCACAGAUGAUGGUGAUAUAUAAUCAACAUUCAUUAGUAUUAUACAUUAUACACAUUCUUCAUCUUCACCGUAGACAGUUAGCUGUGGUUAGGUGUUCUAACAAUAAAUUGCUGUUAGGUGAUCCAGCAAUAAUUUUAAGUUGGGUGUUCUUACAAUAAGUUGUUGUUAAGUGUUCCAACAAUAAAUUUCAGUUAGGUGUUCCAACAUGAAAUUUCAUUUCCCUGCUUUGACUACAUGAAUUGUAUGUAACAAUUUAUCUGAAAAUAACAUAUUUAACCUUUAGAAUAGCUGAUGGCCACUUUAAUCCCUUGAGUAAAGUUUAUGGUAAUAAUGACUUCCCUGUACAGCCUGACUGGCCUAUUUUUUGCUGCUUACCUUUAAUAUUUUGAUAUCAAAAUCCUCAUUAACAAAUAAUGGACUGUUCCAAAGUUAAAGCAAGGCAAUUCCAUUGAAAAAAAGUGUGUAGAAUCAUAUUUAUAGUGUUGUCAAGGUAAUAUUUUGAGAACUAUAGUUUAUUAUCUAUCUGUCUGAAAGGAUCAUUCUAUCAUAAACAUUUAGGGUAUUAUUAUCAUAUAGAUCUUUGUUAGUUUCUAUACAAUAUGUUUGUUAGAUAUUUUUGUUCUGGUUGCCCGUGGUUACCUAAAUAGGAAUUCAAAUAUGAAAAAAGUAAACAGGUAUUGUCAGAAAUCAUUAUUUCAUGAUUAUAACACUUAUUUUGUUGAAAUUAAUUUUCACCAUGCAUUUACAUUUUCUUUAUUUCACGGUUUGUAAAUUGUGCUGUGUUUUAAUCAGAGAUAUGUUGUUUUAUGAUGUUUUUAACACAAAUUAUCAUUUUAACAUGUCAUUGACCUCUGUUGUCAGUACAUAGUCUACAUAGAAACUCAUUUCAACUAUCCAAGGACAAUUACUGGUAAAAUUCAUUAUCAAACUACAGUCCAAAAUAACAAAUAUAGCUAGAAGUUUAAGUCAACAUACUAAGUGAGAAUUGAUGAUGCAUGAUGAGCAUUUGAUAUUUCCUGUAUAAUUAGCGAUUGUUUAGCUGUAAACAUUAUAUGUUAAAAUUGUGAUAUUAUAUGACUUUUUGGUAACGAAGUCAUUAAUAAGUUGGAAAAAAAACUGUUCUGUUUUCAAGUUUUUGAUGUGCUAGUGCAUGUGUUGAUAUACAAGGAUACAUGUUUCUACCAUUGUUACUACAUUGUACAUGUAUUUUUAAAUUGCAUGAAUAUAUCUUAGUCAGUAUGACUAAUUGAGAGGUUAGAAUGUGUGCUAAAUUAAGACUUAGAAAUAGUGAUAAUUGUUCAUUUUUUAUUUUAAAAAAGCAAUAUUUUAAACUACUAGUAUAUGUUUGGACAGUUCAUAGUGAAACACAUCUAUAAUAUUGUCUCAGUAUUAAUGGGGAUACAACUCUUCAUAUACCAAAUAUGUUUAAAUAUUUGGCCAGAAUUAUGAUAAAACAUAGUCAUAGGCAGAUCUUAUUUCUUUCCUCAUAUUGUCACUAGCUUCAAACUUUCAAUGUAUAAAGUUUCUCUUGUUUUAAUUUAUAUUUGAAAUAAUAGACACAAAAAAGAUACAAAAUAAUGAAAUUAGUAGUAUUAUGUUGUCCUUUUUAUUUACGAUAACAAAUACAUUUUGUACUGAUUUUCUAACAGCAUGUCCUUAGACUUUGGAUUAUCAUUGUGUAAGACUUAGUGCAUGUCUUUAUUUUGAUUUUCAUCUUUUAUCUUAAAGCCUCAAUCCACUUAUCAUACAAGUAGAAAUUGAUUAUAGAACAUACUAAAUGUUACAUGUAUUAGUAAUAAUUAAUAAAAACCUCAAUCCAUUAUUAAUUAAACAGAAAUUGAUGGUUUAUGUUUUAGUUGUAGAUUUUUAAAUGCAAUUGAUGAAUUGUUUUCUUCUUCUAACACUGCCUUUUUAUGAAUCUUUUGUGUAUAUUUGUAAGGAAUUAGCAUUUAUUUUGUAAAUAAACUAUUUUUGAGAAUGAACAA